AUGGCAGAGAUCGUGCAGAUGUUUUUGUUCCUAUAUAAAUCCAAGUACCGUCGGAAACGUCGUCGCGACGUCGACGACGAUGACGGCGGCGGCGCGUGGUUCGAUCAUAACCGCGAGCAGAAUUGCGAUCGGCGGUGGCGAUGUCGGUGUCGGUGUGGCCAUGGCAGCGGCAGCGGCGGCGGCGGCGGCGGCGGUAACGCGACCGCGACGGUGCCGUGGGCACCGUUUCUACUGUGGGCGGCGCUCGUCUGUUGGGUGGUCCACGUAAGCGCCGCCGCCUCCACCUCCUCGUCGUCGCCGACGUUGGACGCGGGCUGCGACCCCGACACCUGUGUCAACGGCGUCUGCGAAAAUGGCAUCUGCGUGUGCCGCGAGGGCUGGCAGGGCGCACACUGUCAAUUUUGCGGUGGGAAAGUCAGAUUAUCAGAGAGAAUUGGGAGCAUCCACGAUGGCUUUGGCAACUAUACUGCGGAUGUAAGGUGCUCCUGGUUGAUUGAGAGCAGUCCGAACACGAAGAUACGGAUGCACGUGGAGCAAUUUGCGACAGAAUGCGGCUGGGACCAUUUGUAUAUCUACGACGGUGAUAGCGUCGAGGCGCCGCUGCUGGCCGUCUUCUCCGGCCUGAUGCACAAGGACAGCUAUCACAUACGCCGUGUGCCGGAAGUAAUAGCGCGAUCCGGUAGCGCGUUACUGCACUUUUAUUCCGAUGUCGCAUACAACAUGAGCGGCUUUAACAUUACAUAUAAAAUCAACGCUUGCCCAAGCAGGUAUUCCCAUAUCGAUUGUUCUGGCCACGGUGUGUGUAUCGAGGGCACAUGUACCUGCGACGCCAUGUGGACCGGUGAGGCCUGCGACGUGCAGGUAUGCCCGAACAAUUGUUCGUUCCAUCAUGGGCAGGGCGAGUGUGAUCGCGAGAGCCAUCACUGCCGCUGUUUUCACGGCUUUAAAGGUGCGGAUUGUAGCCAAAGAGGCGACCGUGGAUUUUGGGAGAGUGUCACGUACAAGGAUCUACCGCCGGACGGCUCAGCCAGUCACUGUUCCAUCGUUUGGAAGGAUUCGCUGUACGUGGUUGGCGGUGAGAGUUUCCAUCGUGCCAAGAUGAUAUAUGUGUACGAUUAUAACGGCAAUGUUUGGGAGACACCUCACGUCGAGGGCCGAAUGCCGUUACCGCGAUACGCGCACUCGUGCGUGCUAUUCGGCGACAAGAUAUUCAUGUACGGUGGCGUCGUGGAGAACUCCACCGUGACCAACGAGAUCUGGGCGUUUGACGUGUCCGCCAAGAUCUGGGAGAACGUUACCGUGCACGAUAAUUGUCACAACAAGACAAUAUGUGGCCCACUGAAGGUAGCCGGACACACUGCGACCCGGGUGAGUCAUGGCAAGAAGGAGAAGAUGGUUGUGAUAUUCGGCUAUUCGCCACAGUAUGGUUACUUAAACACCGUCCAGGAGUACUCUUUGGGUACGCGCGAGUGGCAGAUUGUCAAGACGAGUGGUUUUCCGGUGAGAGGUGGCUAUGGACACAGUUCCGCUUACGAUCCUCUUACGAAUCUCAUUUACGUGUAUGGUGGUUACGUGUCGGAGUCACAAAGCACACAUAUUUUGAGCAGUCGGCUGUAUUCGUACCAUCCUAAUUAUUGUGAAUGGCGGUUGCUUACGUCGGCGCCGUCAGCGCGUUUCUUUCAUACGGCUACCUUUGUCACGAGCGGACUGAUGUUGGUAUUUGGCGGUAAUAUGCACAACGACACACAGCAAUCGCACGGCGCGCGAUGCUACUCGGCCGAUACGCUUGGCUACGAUGUCACAUGCGAUACAUGGCAUCAGUACACCAUGCCCAGAGAUAUGAGCGAUCUUCCGCGGUACGGUCACAGCGCAACCGUCUUUGAGAAGUCGAUGUAUAUUUAUGGCGGCUUCGAUGGUGAAAUGCUGUCUGACAUGUUGAGGUAUACCCCCGGCAAUUGCGAGCAUUUAACGAAUCAGAAUCAGUGCCUGAAUGCCAGAAUAGGCGUAAAAUGCGUGUGGCAUAAACGAGAUAAUCGAUGCCUGCAGAUCACAAAGAUUCCGCAACACGUGCUCAACCAUAAGGAAUACGACGAACACGAUGGUAUUUAUAUGAAAUGUAACCUGGAUGACAAGCCACCCCGUGGCAUGACGUCGCAUGCAGAACUCUGUAAACUCUUCACCGACUGUGUUACAUGCGUGCAAACCUCAUACAAUUGUGUGUGGUGUGGCAAGAGUUGUCUGCACAUGAGUUGCCGGGACAAUCCAAAUUUGCCGAAUUCGGCCAUCACAGAACUAGAGCAUUGUGAUCAGAACACUGGCAUCGAAUGUCUGCAAUUACACACGUGCCAUGCUUGUUCCAGCAAUCCGCGUUGCAUUUGGUCGUGGUCCAAUGGACCUGAUCGUUGCAAACCACAGUCAAAAACUCGAGAGGUGAGCGUGUUGAACGGUACGAUCCAAGCGCAGCGUUUGACGAUGGACCCGUGCCGCAGUCCAUGCGCAGAGUACACGGCGUGCCGCAAUUGCACAGAAUCUGAUUGUAUCUGGUGUCAAAACGAGGCCAAAUGUGUAGACAAGAAUGCGUAUCCGGCCAGUUUUCCAUAUGGACAAUGUCGCGAGUGGACAACGAUAGACGCUCGGUGUCGUGCCACAGAAACCGGCAGGGAAUGGUGUAGUUUCUAUUCAUCAUGCGCCGCUUGCCGAUCGGAUCCCGGUUGCGGCUGGUGCGAUGAUGGAUCGGACACCGGGAAAGGUUCGUGUAUGCCUGGUGGAGCUCGUGGACCCAGCAGCAAAAGCUCGAACACGUGUUUGCUCGAACAUUGGUACUUCACAAAAUGUCCAACUUGUCAGUGUAACGGUCAUAGUAGGUGUCUUCCAAAUACUAGUGAAUGCAUUCAACCAUGCGGAAACUUGACUUAUGGAUCACAUUGUGAUAAGUGUAUCCCCGGCUUUUAUGGUAGCCCACUCAAUGGAGCCACAUGUCAGCCUUGUUCCUGCAAUAAUCAAGGAACUCUAUGCACGAGCGAGACGGGUAAAUGUUAUUGCACAACUAAAGGUAUUAUCGGCGAUCACUGCGAACGUUGUGACGUAUCUGGUCUCUAUCACGGUGAUCCUACGAUUAAUAAAGGGUCUUGUUUCUAUGACUUAGCUAUCGACUAUCAAUUUACGUUUAAUUUGAGCAAAAAAGAGGAUCGUCACUACCGAGCAAUCAACUUCAAAAAUUCGCCACCGAAAGCCGACAUUGAUGCUGAGUUCUCCAUCACAUGUUCCGUGCUUGCCAAGAUGAAUGUCAGCAUCAAGAAAGUAAAUAGUGACGAAGUGAAACUGGUGACCAACGCAAAUUGCACAACGACUAUGUACAAGCACCGUUUUAGCAAAGCAGACUACAACUUCGGCAGCGAAGAUAACAAUACUCUCACUACAUUUUACGUAUAUGUCUAUGACUUUCAACCGCCAUUGUGGAUCCAGAUCUCGUUCUCUCAAUACUCCAAACUGAAUUUACAGCAGUUCUUCAUUACAUUUUGCACAGAUUACAUGCCACCGCACAGGUGCUUCCUCGCUCUGUUACUGGUGGCUGCCAUUCUUUGGAAGAUCAAGCAAAAAUACGACAUGUAUCGACGAAGACAAAGGCUCUUCCUAGAAAUGGAGCAAAUGGCUAGCAGGGCAUUCAGUCAAGUUCUAGUGGAAAUCGAGAGACGCGAUGUUGACAACUCAGAUAUAGAACGCGGUGACGCCGACUUUACUAAUUGUCGUAAAAAGAAGAAGAAUGCUCCUAGUCCGAUCGCACUGGAGCCUUGCUGUGGCAACAGAGCGGCGGUUCUGUCUCUGCUAGUCAGGUUGCCGACUGGCGGCGAGCCUUAUACGCCAGCCGGACAGAGCGCUGGUCUAGCCGUGGCGUCCGCUUUGGUGACGCUAGGCAGCCCACGCAGACCAUCUCAGGAAUUAACAACAAAGGAACCGAAGAAGACAAGGAAGUCCGCUAGCCAACAUCCGGAUUCCACUUGCAUUUAGCGGUAAACCGAGGUAUCGCGAUAGGACGCAACUAUAAUAAGCCUUAGAGUUGUUUCUGUGAUCUUGCCCGCACUUGAUUCGGCAGGACAUUUAUCUUCGAACUCUGACGGAGUGGAGACGAAAUGCGAACAAUGAUCGCGUCGAGAUCAAAACGGGAAACAUACGCGAAAAUUUUUCUCGUUGGCGCGCGACUGAUCGAUGAAUCGAAGAAUUCGGUUAUUUUAUCCGAAGAAUCGGCUGAAUGUGUAACGCUAGAUAUAAAUGUAUGCGCGACUUUCCUUAUCGAGUAGAAGGAAACGCCUUUGGCCGAGGAGCGAAUGGACUGCUCCAACCGGUUACGUCCGCUAAUUAUGGUAAGUAACAUUUUCUUUUUAGACUUGAGCUGUAUGAAAUAUUUUCAUGCGCUGAAAGGGAUGUCCAUUGAUCACUCGGCUAAUAUUCAGAACAUAAUCGAGUUUCUUUUAAGGACUUCGAUUAACAAUGUACAGUGUUGUAUAGAUGGU